AUGGUCGAGCAAAAAACCUCUGAAAAAAUCAGUUAUAAUCCCGUAGAUAUUAGGAACGAGAACUCGAGCUCUAUAAACCCAAGAUUUCCUCAGGGUCCCUCCAAUUCUUCAGCGACUAUGAAUUUCCUACCAUCCGAUCAGAAUAUUGCAGUUGGAGCACGACCUGUUCUCAACUAUUCCAUCCAAACCGGUGAAGAGUUUGCUCUCGAAUUUAUGUGGGAAAGGGUGAACCCCAGGCAGCAUUGUGUUCCAAGUUCUUCCUCUGUCGAGGCUAAUAAUCGUGAAAAUACAAUUUUGGGCGUGGAUGGUGCAUCUCGUGCUGGUCCCAAUAGACUCAUUCCCGAUGCCUCAUCUUUUCCUCGUGUCGAAAAGGGUAACAUUAAAAACCAAGUGACCAAUGUUUCCUUAACCUCGUCAAAAAAACCGAGGAGUCUCGGGCUUCGUACUCGUUCUUCUAUGGGCUCAUUUGGUGGGACCUUGAAGUUUCUCUGCAGUUUCGGUGGCAAAAUCUUGCCUCGUCCGAGCGAUCGGAAACUUAGAUACGUCGGGGGCGAAACGCGCAUUCUCCGCAUCGGAAAGAAUAUCUCGUGGGACGAGCUUAAGCAGAAAACUUUGGCUAUGUACAAUGAGCCUCAUUCGAUAAGGUAUCAGCUACCAGGUGAGGAUCUUGAUGCUCUGGUCUCGGUUUCUUGUGAUGAAGACCUGCAGAAUCUGAUGGAGGAGUGUAAUUUGCUCGAUGACGGAGGAGGAUCUCAAAAGCUCAGGGUUUUUCUCAUCUCAAACAAUGAUUCAGGUGAUUCCCAGCUUGGUGUGGAGAGAAUCGAGGGUGAUUCUGAUGUGCAGUAUGUUGUGGCAGUGAACGGUGUGGAUUUCAGCUCAAGAAGAAACUCGAUUGUAACUGAAAGCCAUCUAGGGAAGAAUUUGGACGAGUUGACGGGUCAAGUUGCUUCUCGGGUAGAGCCACCAAGCCUAUCACAUGCUUUUGAGUCCAAAUCACUCAGUCGUGAACAGCCCGAACGGCCUUUGUCAGGUGCUAUCCGGCGAACUGGCAUCUUACCGACUGCAGAAAACUUUGUCCCAAAUUAUACCUUUGAGAAAGUGGUUCCUGAGGAGGCUUCUCUUGUGGGACAGGCUAACAGAAACUUGGGUUCUUCUAAAGCAGCAGGAGUAUCAGGGUUGGAGGCAAAAAUCAACAAUACAACUGUGGUGCAGAAAAAGAACGAAUCUGAAAAAAGCAAUUCUCCAGAUAUUGAUAUUCCUCAGAUUGAUUCUGCGAAAACGCAAUCUCUUACUGAAGGGAACAUUAUCUCUUCACUUCCUCACACUGCUUCAUCUUUAAAUACCACAAAAUCAGAGGAAAAGGGUUGUGAAGAUGUGAGGGAUCACAUGCCUCCGAUUAACGUUCAGGAUGAAAACGUGAAUAAGCUUGACGGCUGUGAGAUUUCUCAUGCACCAACUCGUGCUGAACCAGACGUCCUCCCUCGUCGGUUUUUCCAUUCAGAAAGAAUACCAAGGGAGCAGCUGGGGCUUAAUCGUUGGUCGAAAUCUGAUGAGUCUGUUGGUCCACAGUUCAUAAUCUGUCACUCCCAGUCAGACAUUUCGCAACAAAUCACGGGUUCAGUCCAUAAUUUGGCCGAACGGGAUGAAAAAAAGAAUAUCCAAGAUGAUACUGAUGGAGACAAAAAAGAGCCAACUCACAGGGCCGAGCAGAAAGCUUCAGUGGUUUCUGAAAAGAAUAUCCAAGAUGAACCUGCUAAUCUGAACAAAAUGAAUCAAAACGUUGAAAAUGGUCCUUCGGAAGCUGUUUCUCAAAGUAAACCGAGUUUGAGUGCUGGCGUCUCGGAGCAUGGGGAUAUCCUUAUUGAUAUCAAUGACCGUUUUCCUCAAGAUUUCUUAUCUGAUAUAUUUUCCAAGGCUACAACAUUAGGGAGUGAUGCUGGUUUUGUACAGCUGUAUGGAGAUGCAGCCGGUUUGAGCGUGAAUAUGGUCAAUCAUGAACCUAAACGGUGGUCAUAUUUCCAAAAUCUAGCACGAGACACCUCAGGGAAAGAUUUUUCUCUUAUGGAUCAAGAUCAUCCUACCUUCUCAUCUUCACAGCCGAAACUUGGAGAUGAUGAUGAAUCCAUUGAUUAUGGUUACACCCCUUUUGAGGCUGGUGCAGCUCCAGCUGAUCAAAGGCAAUUAUCCGAACCUUUGAGGCCCGACACCAUGAAUUUGCCUUCAGAUUAUACUGUUACUCAGACUACUGGUGCUCAAACUCAAGCUGCUGGACCUGAUCAUCAGGAUGAAAACCAAGCAAUUCAGCAAGCAGGCUUCCCGCUUCUUGACUACACCCUUGGACAUUUUGAUCCCAGUUCUCUGCAGAUUAUAAAAAACAGUGAUCUCGAAGAAUUGAGAGAACUGGGUGCUGGAACAUACGGCACCGUUUAUCAUGGUAAAUGGAGGGGAAGUGAUGUUGCUAUCAAGAGAAUCAAGAAGAGCUGUUUCGUCGGCCGCUCGUCCGAGCAGGAGAGACUUACAGCUGAGUUCUGGCAUGAAGCUGAGAUUCUAUCAAAGCUUCACCAUCCAAAUGUGGUGGCUUUUUAUGGUGUAGUGCAAGAUGGGCCCGGCGGGACCCUUGCGACUGUCACAGAGUUUAUGGUCAAUGGGUCCCUUAGACAUGUUUUGAUUUCCAAGGAUAGGCACCUCGAUCGACGCAAGCGGCUCAUUAUAGCAAUGGAUGCAGCUUUCGGGAUGGAAUAUCUGCACUCGAGGAACAUUGUGCACUUUGAUUUGAAAUGCGACAACCUGCUCGUUAACUUGAAGGAUUCUUCCCGACCCAUAUGCAAGGUGGGCGAUUUCGGCUUGUCAAAGAUCAAGAGAAACACAUUGGUUACAGGCGGUGUCCGCGGGACCCUUCCAUGGAUGGCUCCAGAGUUGUUAAACGGUAGCAGUAGCAAGGUUUCGGAGAAGGUUGAUGUCUUCUCCUUCGGCAUUGUCCUGUGGGAAAUUCUGACGGGUGAGGAGCCUUACGCCAAUAUGCAUUACGGAGCAAUAAUUGGUGGUAUAGUGAACAACACGUUGCGGCCACCAGUGCCGAGCUUUUGUGAUCCCGAAUGGAGACUACUGAUGGAGCAGUGCUGGGCCCCGGAUCCAUUUGUUCGGCCUUCCUUCACCGAGAUUGCUCAGCGUUUACGUACAAUGUCCUCUGCAAGCCUCACAAAACCACAGGGCUUCGCUGCACACAGUAAUCAGUUACCUAAGAAGUGA